AAGGAGAGAAAAAAAAAAUGAAGGGGGCCAUUCGAAAGUAACGCGCACUAGAUGUCUCUACUAUCCUUUCGAGCCGUCUGAUCGCACUGGAUAGUGGGUAGUCAGGGUAGAGGAAAAAUUCGUCGUUUCAUUUCCCGGGCGGUACUUUGGGGCUCGGAUUAAUCGUGCCUGCAACCGCGCGCACCAGCCACCGCCAAACAUGGGAAACGAAAGCUCACUCCCGAUGGAGAUGUGCUCCAACUUUGACGCCGAUGAAAUCAAAAGGCUCGGCAAGCGGUUCAAGAAGCUAGACCUUGACAAUUCUGGAUCCCUGAGCAUCGACGAAUUCAUGUCCCUCCCAGAGCUCCAGCAAAACCCUCUAGUACAGCGUGUAAUAGACAUAUUUGACACGGACGGAAACGGUGAAGUGGAUUUCAAAGAAUUUAUCCAAGGGGUGUCUCAAUUUAGCGUUAAAGGUGACAAGGAGUCGAAGCUGAGAUUUGCCUUCCGGAUUUACGACAUGGAUAACGACGGCUUCAUCUCCAACGGGGAGCUGUUCCAGGUGCUCAAGAUGAUGGUCGGCAACAACCUCAAGGAAGCUCAGCUCCAGCAGAUCGUCGACAAGACCAUCCUGUUUGCCGAUCGCGACGAGGACGGCAAGAUCUCCUUUGACGAGUUCUGCUCGGUUGUCGGCAACACAGAUAUCCACAAGAAGAUGGUGGUGGACGUUUGAUGGCCUGUCGCGAAGGCGUGCCCGUAUCUCGACGACUUGAUUUUAUCGCGGCCCGUUUUCCCCUUCCGGAACACUUCAAACGUGUGCUCCCUUGUUUCCUGCCGUUAUCUCUGCUCCAGUCGAAGAGGAAAGCCGAUGAUGAUAAGCAGCGGCUGGUCCGCAGCCUGCCGCUGCUGCGUGUGACGCGGAGCGCAGAAGCAAAGCCAUCCGAAGUGUCCGGCGCACACCGCUGGGCGGAAACUUGGCGCUGCUUUUGCCACGUUGCGACAAACCCGAAACGAGGGCGGCCUGCACUGACAUCAUCGUGUGGCGGCCAUGUUUUAAUUGGGCCUAGCGUGCUCCUGUCCCCCACUGUCUCUUAUCAGGAAGAUCACGGCAAAUAGAUAAAGGGGAGGUGCGCUGACCUAACCGCGCGCUGUGACGUCAUGUGCAAGCCAUCCGAUAGAUGGAGAAAGAGGUUAUACUUUUAAUGCUGUGUCUCGCAUCGUCGUCGUUCUAGCUCUGCAGCCCACUUCACUUGUGACAAAUCAGAAAUGCGGAGUCAUGGCCGUCUGUAGUACGCUUGCAUUCAAAUAGAGUUCAGCUUAACUAAGAGCUGUGUAGUGGGCCUGUACAAUAGAAAGCGCUUUGUACUGUGAUGUGCCGUAGAGUCCUUUUGAGAACUUCACAACAUCGCUCGCCAGUUAGCAUUAUUUUCUGUGGCAUGAAUCGGAGCCUGCCAGUCAUACACUCUUCGAGAGCUGUCAAAAGAAGGCAACUGGCGCAAAAGUCGAAAUUUGAAAAGGUCUGCAAGCUACCACAGCCCUUGUGGAAUGAGAUGUAAAAUCUAUCUAUACCGGAGACGUGCCUCAGUGUUGCAGGUUUUUUUUUUUUGUCUUGUUCGUAGGGGAAGCAUGUGUCUGCUAGCUCUUAAUUAGCUGCAGAUAAUUGUCGUACUUUGACGGAACGAGUUUUACAAAUGAUGAUGGCGUGGCUUGUGAGCGUAGCCUAUGCUGUCAGGAGAGUAAGCUGCAGGAUGUGUCUGCUGCAGCAAAUUGACAGCUGCGUGAUAUCGGGACAUUGAAUAGAAGCGCACAGUUUAGCGCCUCAACAAAUAUGCGAGAUUCACACAAUUGGCCAAUAGCAGCGCCAAAUUCCAGCUGCGUGCGUCGGUUCUGUGCAUCAUACUCGGUUGAGCGCAUUGUUAGAUAUAUACAAUACAUAUUCUGAAUAUUGCAUCAGUAAGGGACGCAGAUAUAUAUGGCUGUACAUGGAUUGCUCAUUAGUGCUCCCAUUUGCAAAGUUGAACUUUAAUCAGUGACACAUUUUUAUGUGGUAAUUGCCUGUUUCAUCUGAAAUGAUAGAGAAGUCUGGAGUACAUGUCAUUUACAGCAAUGCCAGGCAAGCGAGACCUUUUUUUUUUUUUCUGAAAGUGCGAUACAUCCAGUGCAGAGUGGACGCUAGCUUGCCUUUGUUGCUAGAGAUGGCGCCACUGUGCCUUUGGCCGUAAGGGUACACUUAUCAUCAUACUGAUGUAACAAGCGAAGUACUUUGACCUCACUUUCAAAUAAAACCGAUUGCACAGUGCCAGCUUUGCAUAAAAUUCGAGCACUAUUAAGCUGCCAACUUUAGAUGGAAUAGCAAUUUGUACUGGGUUGCCUUACUGACGCAAUAUUCAGCUGUACAUGCUGCGCCUUGGCUCCCUUCCUUCCGUCUAGAGGCACAACCUUUUCCAAGUUUCUUCACACAUCAAGGCAGCAUUGUGUCUUUCUGCAUUGUCGGCGUAGCUCAUGAAUUUUGCGUCUCGGCAGCCCAUUUUGCCAUCAAUGUCAACAGCUUGAAUAGUACAGUUUAUUUGCAUUGAAAAGGCAUAGUACAGAAGAAAAAAAAUCUGCGGAGGAUUCCUAAGCGUAUUCUUACGAGGUGAGAACACGAAAGCGUUUCUCUUGGCUUGGUUGUGGAGGGGUGCUGCAGUGUCUCUUGCGGGGAUUCCCCUCUUCUAUGCUGCUGCAGAAUGGUUGAACGCACGCCAAGUGUAACUGCAGCGACACCAACCACAUGCGCGCUUUCGCUAACCUAGCCUAGAAAUGCCUUCGUUUUAUAAAAGGCUGCAUACACGUAGAAUAUGCAGACAAAAAAAGAGACUUUACUGACGACAAGAGCGACCCUAGCACAAAAUGACGGUGCACUUGUUUGUCUUGCGGUAUCCUUGAUUGUGUCGUCAGUGUUUUCUCUUGGUGGCAUUAUUGUAGGUACAGUACGCUUUGUUGUCAUAAACAAGCUAGUUUAUUUUAAACCUCGGCUAAAACAACAUUUAAUCGAAAAAAGCUGCCUCUCGUCGGGUGCCACUGAGCUUGCGACGGCCGCACUGUUCGACUCGACGCGUGCCUGAUGCACAACAAGAUAGUUCGCAUUGUGGACGAUUAACUUAUUCUUCUUUUAUCUUUUUUUCAUCUGGCAAUGAAACUUCGAUCGGAUGGACACUGAGCCCAGAUCACCAGCCAGACAGCCUUUUUUUUUUUUUUUGCACCAGAAGCAUCCCCUUGUGUCUUGGGCUGAGAGUUCACCAGCGAACACGUAUUCACACUUGUUUUGGGUGUUUUUUUAGUGUGUCGCGUGAACAGUUAAGAGAGAGACAUAACGUGAAACUCUAGUCGGCAUAUGACGCUCAGUCUUUCGCCGUAAUUUAGUUUUUUUUUUUUCAUUUUCUGUCCAGGUCCUACCUUUUUCUUCCCUACGAGUCUUCUUUGUGAAACCAUUCUUUGUAAACUUGCCUUUUUCACGUCAGAUCAAUAUGUUUUUCAUCUUCAUGUGCCAUGGGCGCCGCUAGAGCUCCUGUUUUAGUAAAAUUGACCAACAUUCAAUCACUGCUAGUGUACGUAUUUGAAUUACCAGGUUAACGGACAACCAUCGCCAUUCAAGACAGUUUGCUUAGCUCCCUCAACUCAUCGCCUCUUGUUUGGGCAUUAAGUGAUCCUCAUGCAUGCUUGCAGCCUUUGUCGUGCUUGAACUGCAGCAGACUGCAGUUUUCUUUUUUUUUUCAACAUGCAUCCCUGAUGAAGCUGACAUUUCUAGUUUGUUGGACCGUCGCAACAAACUUCGUCGUAAUCCCGCUUUUGCGGGAACACUGGCAGGACACUGUGUGUGUGCUUGUCACAUUAGUAGGAUCAAAACCUCGCUGCAACAAAGUGAGGGGCACGUAGUGGUUAGAAUUGUAGCUUAAGCUUUCUCAGUUCUGAAGUUCAUGCGAUUCCUCCAACACUUUGUGGAUUGGUUUGGACCUUAAUAGGGUCCACAGAGAGGAAAGUUGGUAUGGGUGCAUUCAUGCAUUACAUUGUGGAACACAAAAAGAGAAGGGGAAUAGACAAGUACUGUUUGUUGAUGAUAAAACAUAUAGAAAGUCCCACGUACAACCACAAGCUUUUAUUCGUAGACACCGCAUUCGCCUAUAUUGUACCAUGGGAUACUAUUUUGUGUUGGUUCUUCCCCAUUGGUCAUUUCGAAAUACGUCAGGGUUUCCCACGUGGGCAGUGCCGGCAGUGUAAAGCGUGAGAACGGGAAAAUGGAAUAUUAUUCCGUAUUCUGUGGUACGGCAUAGGCUUGCUGAUUACUGCUUUGGGAAUAAAAAGGUGCAUGUUUCCGUACAAGCUGCUUGUAACGAAACUACUGCUUCGUCUUGCCUCCAUUGUCGUAAAUGGCUAUUGAGCUUUACGGCAGGUCACGGAAGAUUGCAGAAACGUCUUCACACGCUUGAAGCUUGUUUGUUCAUGGACGGAUGCUUGUACUGGUGAUCUCGCGUUUGCUAAUGGAGCCUUUCCUAUUUGCGUGAGUGCAUACUUGUCAACACUGCUACGGCACUGUUUUAAGCAGCCCCAGAAGGGCAUUGCCAGGUCAUUGACGUCGCAAGGAUCUGGCGCAUAAAUAUUGCAAUUGCCUCACCGUUCAUCUUUCUGUCUUCAUGGCCUCUCUGGCAUAUCAAGCCUCCUUAAAGGACCCCUGACACCGAAUUUGGAAACUCGAGAUGCUUGUGUUGUUUGAUAGUCCUGCAUGCGGGGACACUCCUGACCGAUUAUGAGUGACGAGCAUUGCCUUUAAGAUAUUUUAAUUUGGUUUUAAAGUAAGCCUGAGUGCUCAUCUGAAUUUUUAACUCCUAUCAACAUAACCACUAGUAUGACGUAGACGUAGGCCCCUUGUGACGUUGCAGAGGUAAAGCAAGUGUUGUUGACAUCAGAGACAGAAAUAUGCGCGGUGCACUGUGGUAUAUUGCGAAGCAUGCUUGCUCUUUGCUCCUCCCACCUUCUCCUUCUUCGGUACUUGUCGGCAGGCAGCGUGAGCUUGCCGGGUGUGUGUUCUCCAACUGGCAGUUCAACAAGCGCGUGGCGGACGUCGCCCAAUACUGAGUGCACGUCAUCAUGCGUGCCCCGAGGCGCGACCGCCGCGGCGCGGCGCUAGUUUCUUAUCCUCUUUCGGCGCGCGUUUUGAACCUACACUAAAAAUGACGAUAAUUAACGCUGCUAGGAUUAAUUAGACAUCACGUUGGAGGAAUUACGGUGUCAUACCGUGAUUACAAGACAUAGACCUACUUAUUACAACAUAAAUGUCACAAACGAAAAAUCGGCUGUCAGGGGCCCUUUAAGCGAGACUGGCUUGCUGUACUUUCAGGAGUGUGAUCUGUCACAUCAGUGCAAUAUUUGUCAUUAUGUUCAUGUAUGCCCUUGUGCAAGGGCACUGCUUUGGAAUGUCAUUUCGGGAUAUGUAGCUGUCUAUACAUACCCAACAAAUGUGCGCGAAUGUUAGUGGCCGGCAAAGAAUUUUGUAACUCGUUAGCGGUAGCCCAUCUUGAGUGUCGAUCGCACUUUCCAGUAAUGAACAGUGAUUGCCCUAAUGCUGCAAUUAAUCUCCACCUGGCUUUUUUUUUUUUUCCUCAGCCUCUCCUUAAAUAUUUGUACAUGAAAUAUAUACUGCAGCUGUUGAGUCAAAAAUAUGGCGGUGCCCAUGGUGUGUGCACAGUCCGCUACAAAACUCACUUGAUGUAAUAGCCCCAGAAGAAUUCUUCACUUCCUUGGGCCGCGGAGUUUCAUGCAAACUAGGUGGUCUGUUUUUCUCCAAGUGGUUUUUCACUGCUGUAGUCUGUCUCUUGCAAGACUAGAAAAACGAGUAGGCUACCACUACAUGGCCCAUUUGAGACGUUUCGAACCAGCGGCUGUGAUACAGGCUACCCAGUGGUGCGCAUGCCAAGCAGCCACGUCGGAAACUCCCAGCGACAGUAGCGCCAGAUAUUUCCCCUAGUGGCCUUCGUGUGAAGCUGUGCUGUUCAGGGUCAUCGCGUCUUGCUCUUUAUCUCGUUUUCGUAUUGUUCCUUUGACACACACUCGCACUCUUCCUUUUCUCCUUGACGCUCUGUCUCUUGCCAGCCACGUUUUCAAUCUUUAAGAUUCUGUGUCAUGCGCAUCAGCCAUUUUGUAAAGGGCGUACCCACACUUGCAGUCCGUCAGCUGAGCCCUGUCCGCCGCAUUUUCUUCGCGUGCAUUGCUGCGGCCAAAGUGCCUGUGCACCUUACCCGAGCAAUGCAAAUAAGAACAAAUAAGGCGAUAGUUUUUAUCUCCUUUCAGUGAACGCGCCACUAUCCCGAAUCAAAGGCUUGCAUAUUCCCACUCCGUAUGGACACGUAGUUGCUCACCUCUGGAUGUACUGGAGUCCUUUCGUGUUUUUUGCAACCCUCUGCUUGAAUUCCGAAUUGUUUUAUAGUUAGAGAUGCUGUGUCAUGGUGGGGCAUCCAUGUGGAUUUGCUUACUUUCUUGCGAGUGUUUGACAUGAUUCAUUUCGCACAAAUGAUUCUCGACCUCGCAGUCAAACCUUCAUGCGAACAGGCAUUGAUACGUGUGGGCAGUGCAGACAACAAGGUUCCAUAGUUGCAUUCUGUAAUGUUCCAUUUUCUAUUCUCAAGUUGUUGUUCCUUUCCUUCACACAGCUCUGUGUUCAGCCAGCAGGGCAACAAAAAAGCCUGGUUGUAAUACAUCUUGUGGUCUAAUUCAUGUGCCCUCCGUUUCUUUCACUUGUCACCACCCUUGUCAUUGUCUUGACUGGCCUACACGAUGCAACUAAUCGAAAAAUAACAUAUUCAUUUUAAUUGGAAACAAGUACAGCUCUGUGUGCUGUCUUUUUUUACUCCUCUGCACUGUAAAGCAGUUGCACCCAUUUUGGCGCCACUUACACUCUCCUGUGAUGGAAUGGAGAGUGAUUACUCCCUUGAUUUGGCAGACACCACUCAGUAACACCCUCUUACAAGUGUGAAUACACCCUUAAAAGGAGUGUCAUGUGUCCUCUCGGCACGAACGAUUUUUGCUGUCACGCUUCGUCACUGUAGUAGGACACGCAAAAAAAAAAGUGUUGUUGCUCUGAAUAGGACAAGUUAUGUUUUUAUUUGUUGUUUUUCUUUUACUUAUCAGUACAGCGCGGUUAGACGCGACGUAUAGAUAUAUAUACGAGGUGUUUUGGUGUGCGCGUGUGUGUGUGAAUGAGUGUGUACACUGUCCCGCAUGAAAAGAAAAAGAACCUUACUAUGGGGGACGAAAAAGAAUAAAACAUGGGUAUGAAUUUACUGCAGCGCGUUAUUUAGCACGUGAUUGUACCAUACGUCUGUAAAUACUCUCUUUGCCCUCGACUAAAAACUGCACUCUCCCGAAA